AUGCGAAAAGGUCCGAAAAAUUCCUGUUUGCCUCUCAGAGAGAGCCCUCAGAAAAGAGGUAGCAUAGACCCUGCCCUCUGCCAGCCUUCCUUCCUGGGCAUGGAGUCCUGUGGCAUCCACGAGACCACCUUCAACUCCAUCAUGAAGUGUGAUAUGGACAUCCGCAAAGACCUGUAUGCCAAUACAGUGCUGUCUGACUGUACCACCACGUAUCCAGGCAUUGCUGACAGGAUGCAGAAGGAGAACACAGCCUUAGCAUCCAACACAGUGAAGAUUAAGAUCAUUGAGAGCAAGUACUCAGUCUGGAUUGGCGGCUCCAUCCUGGCCUCACUGUCCACCUUCCAGCAGAUGUGGAUCAGCAAGCAGGAGUACGAUGAGUCGGGCCCCUCCAUCGUCCAGCGCAAAUGCUUCUAGAU